AUGAACAUGACGACUUCAGAUUAUAUUGUUUCUCUAGCGGAGGCUCAGGCACGGCUCCCUCCUCCGGUAGAAUCCAGUCAGUUGCUUGAGGAAAUCGCUCAGCAGCUGGAUCAGCUUCCUAUCCUCGUGGUGCUGGAUGAUGAUCCUACUGGCACCCCAACAUGCCACGGAAUCAAUGUCCUGACAGUGUGGGAUGAAGCAACGCUGGUCGAAGAGUUCCACACAUGCGACCGUGGAUUCUUCAUACUCAUGAAUUCGCGCGCGCUCCCUACCUCUGAAGCGCGGAGCCUUAUAUCCGAAGUCUGUACAGCUGUCAAGCGAGCAGCAACCGAAGCCCAGAAAACGUUUGAAAUCGUCCUACGCGGCGACUCGACCUUACGCGGACAUUUUCUCGAUGAGAUUCAGGUGGCUGAGGAGGUAAUCGGGCAGGUAGAUGGAUGGAUCCUCGCACCGUUCUUCCGACAAGGAGGAAGAUUCACCAUUGACAAUGUUUACUAUGUGGCCGAUGCCCAAGGGAAUCUGGUUCCGGCCGCCCAGAGUACUUUUGCAGAGGAUGCGGCCUUUGGAUACACAAGCUCCAAUCUCAUCGACUACAUAGUCGAGAAGUCAGAUGGCUCAAUUCCUCGCCACCGUGUGCGGUCUAUCUCGCUGCAGGAUAUCAGGGAGGGGGGUGUAUCCGUUGUGGCACAAAGGUUACUCGAGUUCGCUCCGAGAUCUGUUAUCAUAGUUAACGCGAUAGUUGAUACUGAUAUCGAAAUCUUUGUGCUUGGUCUACUACAGGCGAAAUCUGCCGGUCGGGACUAUCUUUAUAGAACAGGAGCUGCCUUUGUAUCCACGCGGUUAGCGAUGAGAUCACAGCCUCCUCUCAGUGCACGCGAUCUGGAACUGGACAGAGAGGCGUCUUCUCCAGGCGGAUUGAUCAUUGCUGGGUCCUACGUAUCGAAGACGACUGAUCAGCUUCAACAUCUGACUUCAGGCCGUGGGUCCAAGCUAAAGGUUAUCACUCUGGAUGUUGAGUGUCUACUCCGCAGUAGUGAAAGCAGCUACACAACCGCACUUCGUGCUGCUGAUGAGGCUAGUGGAUAUAUUUUAGACGGACAAGAUGUCUUAGUCAUGACAAGCAGACACUUGGUUAGCACCCACGACGGACUAUCGAAUUUGCAGGGCGGCAUCACUUCGUCAGAUAUAGCAACGAGAGGCAUGCGCAUACGACGUGCCCAAAUCAUCGGCCAAGCAUCAGCGGGGGUACCUGUCUGGCGCUGCGAUGAACCAUCGUCUAAGUUUCCCGGCAUCCCAUACGUCAUUCUCCCCGGCAAUGUCGGUCACCAAGACGCGUUGCUAGAUUUGGUUACGAAUUGGGAAAGCAGAAGCCCCGAGAAACGGCCAAAAAUGCAAUACCAACGACUUGGUAAUAGUGGAUUGAAAGUGUCGAAGAUCAUCCUUGGUUGCAUGACAUUCGGCAAUCCGUCAUGGGAAGGCAGCCCAUGGGUUCUUCCAGAGUCCGAAGCGCUCCCGCUACUGAAAAAGGCAUACGACUGUGGAAUCAACACAUGGGAUACUGCCGACACGUAUUCCAACGGGAUGUCUGAGAUCCUGAUCGGAAAGGCUCUCGAGCAAUAUAAUAUUCCACGGAGUAAAGUUGUCGUCAUGACCAAGCUAUACUACCCGGUCCUUGAAGCAGAUUCGAAUGCUCGACCCAACCCUGCAGUCAACGAUGGCGACCUGGUCAAUCAGAUGGGGCUCAGUCGGAAGCACAUUUUUGAGGCGGUGGACGCAUCUCUUGCUCGACUGAAAUCCAGCUAUAUAGACGUUUUACAGCUACAUCGCAUUGAUGAUACCCACCCCGAAGAGGUCAUGCGCGCUUUACAUGAUCUUGUUCAAAUGGGUAAAGUUCAUUAUCUGGGCGCGUCAAGCAUGUAUUGCUGGCAGCUCGCGAGACUACAGUAUGCCGCAAAAAUGAACAAUUGGACCACAUUCACCAGUAUGCAGGGUCUGUACAACUUACUGUAUCGUGAAGAGGAGCGUGAGACAAACAGAUUUUGCCAUGCCGAGAGGAUUAGUUUGACUCCUUGGAGUCCCUUGGCUCGCGGGCUAUUGGCCAGACCAUGGGAUGUCAAGACUGAUCGAUCUGUGAAGGACACAAAGACUGCAAAGUGGUUCUCUGGUGAGCAGGAUCAGAAGAUUGUUACAAGGGUCGACCAACUUGCGCGGUCGAAGGGAUGCAGCAUGAGUGCACUUGCGAUAGCAUGGUUGUUGAAGAAAGGCGCUUGUCCAAUCGCCGGGUUGAAUAGUAUCGAGAGGAUAGAGUCUGCGUCUGAGGCGCUGGCAGUUCGUUUGAGUGAUGCUGAUCUAAGAUUUCUUGAGGAACAUUAUAGGCCUCUUCCUGUGCAAGCGAUCUAA